AAUCUAUGGUGUGAGGUGCGAUGUUUAUGUGACUGUCAUUUACUGUGCUUAGUUUAUAUAUCUUGUUUUGUAAAUUUUAUCGUUUUUCAUGUUUAAGUUUGAGGAUUUAAACUAUUUAAAAUGUUAUUUUAAAACAGUUUUUCAAUCUUUAACAUAAAAUGGACCCAGAAAGUGAGAGUACAACAACUUCUGUUGAUGACAAUACUGAAAACUUUUGUGACAAUCCUACUAGAGAUGCUCUUACAGAAGGUUUAAUGGGUUUAAUUAAACCUACCGUUGAUCAAUUAGAUGAAAGAGUUCGUGCCACGAGGUUGUCACAACUAGAGUUAAAAACAUGCAUAGAGUCGCUUAGCGAAGAACUUAAAACGAUUGCAUCUUCCCAACAAUCAAUCGUUGAUUUAGAUCCAUAUGUAAAGAAACUAAUGAAUGCUAAGCAUAAGGUAACAGUUCUGACCAAUGUUUUGCAAAGUGCCCAAGAUAGACUUAAUAGAAUUCAUCAGUCGAUUGAAAAAGAAACAGUCAAAAGGAAAGUAAUUUUAGAAUCUACUAGUGACGGUCAGUCAUCUGCAGUAUAAGAAUAUUGUGAAUAAAAAUGGACUU